GUGGAGGGGGAAUUUGUAUAGUUUCCAAAGCCACUUUCUUGUCCUCUACAGUCUCUACGCUGUUCCUCUACAUUUCUUCGUCUUCUUCUUCUUCAAAGAAUUCAUCCCUACAAGCCUCUCUCUCUCUCGCUCUCUCUCUACCUCUUUAACAGAAGAAGAGCCAUUUGCUCCUUUUUCCGUUCCCUUCUUCUUCCUUUAUCUUUCCAUUUCUGCUUUAGGGUUUCGCUACCCUCCAUGGCGGCGCACUCCUGCUUUCUUCUCCUCCUGCUCCUGUCCUUCUCGGUGCUAACGCAGGCGCAGGUUUCUUCGGACACUCUGUCGUUGCUGGAGUUCAAGAAGGGCAUUGCUGACGAUCCCACCGGCGUGGUCCGUAGCAGUUGGAGCCCGGUGGCAUGGGGGUCUGCGGCGGCGGUAGACUCCUGCCCGCGCUCAUGGCACGGGGUUUCAUGCGACGACUCUGGUUCCGUCGUCACCGUCGCUCUUGUUGGACUCGGCCUUUCCGGUGAAAUCAAGUUCAACACCAUUACAGGCAUGAGGGCGCUUCAGAACCUCAGCCUAGCGGGCAAUUUAUUCACUGGUCGCCUCGUGCCAGCAAUUGGGGCAAUGACCUCGCUGCAGCACCUCGAUUUGUCUGUGAACCGUUUCUACGGCCCGAUCCCGGGGAAAAUAACCAACCUAUGGAGCCUUGUUCAUCUUAAUCUCUCGUGGAACGGGUUCAAGGGCGGAUUCCCUGCGGGGAUCCAGAAUCUCCAGCAGCUGCGGGUGCUUGACCUGCGAUCCAAUGAGCUAUGGGGAGAGGUCGGUGCAAUGCUGUCGGAGCUGAGGAAUGUGGAACAUGUGGAUCUUAGCAGCAACAAUUUCUAUGGUGGUUUGUUCAUGGAUUCGAGCAACCUCUCGAGUUUGGGCAACACGGCAAAAUACAUGAAUCUUAGUUUUAAUCAGUUAAGUGGGAGGUUCUUUUCGAAUGAUUCCAUGAAGGUCUUUAAGAGUCUUGAAGUCUUGGAUUUGGGUCAGAAUCGGCUCAUUGGGGAGCUCCCUUCCUUUGCUUCCCUAUAUAAUUUGAAGGUCCUUCGUGCUAGAAACAAUCUGCUGACUGGGCCGAUACCCGAGGAUCUGUUUGGGGAUGCAAUGCAGCUGAUGGAUCUUGAUCUCAGCGGGAAUGGAUUUACAGGAAGCAUCGAAACUGUCAGUUCUUCAAGUUUGAAUUUCUUGGACCUUUCUUCAAAUUCAUUAUCAGGCCAUUUACCCUCAAAUCUUGCUCGCUGCAUGUCUGUGGAUUUGAGUAAGAAUAUGCUCUCAGGAGAUCUCGUAGCAAUGCAAAAUUGGGGUUCUACAUUGGAGGUUAUCAAGUUGAGCUCAAAUGAUCUGUCAGGCUCUCUACCUUCAGCAUUAGGAAGACACCCGAAGCUAUCUAUAGUUGAUCUUAGUCUAAACAAACUUACCGGGUCCGUGCUUCCAAGCUUUUUCACCUCAUUAACUUUGACAUUUUUGAAUCUAUCAGGAAACCACUUUAAUGGAUCAAUUCCACUUCAAACUUCACACCCAGCAGAAUCAUUGGCUCUAUCUUCGUAUAAUCAUUUACAAAGCCUUGAUUUAUCUAACAAUUCAUUGUAUGGUUCCUUACCUCAUGAAAUCAGUAGUAUGCCAAGCCUUAAAGUUCUGAUUCUUGGAAAAAAUUCAUUAUCUGGGGAACUGCCUGUUGAAAUAAGCAAGCUUGGUGGAUUGGAAGUUCUCGACCUCUCUCACAAUCAUUUCAAUGGAAGGAUUCCAAAUAUGCUUCAGCCAGAUCUCAAGCUAUUUAAUGUUUCCUAUAAUGAACUUUCUGGUGAAAUACCUCGAAGUUUGUUGAAGUUUCCAAAGUCAUCAUUCCUUCCUGGAAACGCUUUGCUGGUCUUCCCCGACCACAUUUCUUUGGGGAAUAAUAACAGUGCAGUUAAUGCAAACAUGAGUCAGCAUAAUCGCUCAAAGGCUAGCAUUAGAAUUGCACUUGUUGUUGGUUCAGUUGGAGUUGUGAUACUAAUAUUCUUCUUGUUCAUCGCAUUCCAAAAGACAAGGUCCCAAGAAUUUUGUCUGAAGAGUGGAUUUAGAGGACAAGUCACCGGACUAGAUGUCAAGGGUAUAUUUGGUCAUCCCAACAGAUUCAGAGCUUCAAAAGAUGAUCCUUCUCCAACUUCAGUGAGUUUUUCAAAUGACCAUUUACUGACCUCUACUUCUCGAUCAAUAUCUGCACAGAAGGAUUUAUUAACGGAGUCAAUGGAAUUCAGUUAUCCAGAUUCCAGGGGCACUGCUGUGGAACCAGCAACUGGUCUUCCAAUGAUGGAAUGCAAAUCUUCUCCCGGUUCUCCUUUGUCUUCCUCACCCCAUUUUCUUGAUUCACAUAUAUCUGAGCAUCCAGUGUUGUUGGAAGUAUAUUCACCUGAUAGGUUUUCAGGAGAACUAUUUUUUUUGGAUCUCUCUCGAACAUUUACUGCCGAAGAAUUAUCAAGAGCUCCUGCUGAAGUUCUUGGGAGAAGCAGUCAUGGAACAUCAUAUAAAGCAACCUUGGAUAGUGGUCAUAUAUUGACUGUCAAAUGGCUGCGAGCAGGCCUCGUCAAACAUAAAAAGGAGUUCGCUAAAGAAGCCAAAAGAGUUGGAACCAUCAGACAUCCAAAUAUCGUCUCAUGGAGGGGCUAUUAUUGGGGUCCAAGAGACAAAGAAAGAUUAAUUGUUUUAGACUAUAUCUUUGGGGAUAGUUUGGCACUCUAUCUAUAUGAGUCUACACCAAAUAGAUACGCCAGGUUAUCAGUCAGGCAGAGGCUAAAAGUAGCCAUUGAUGUAGCUCGCUGUUUGUAUCAUCUUCACAAUGACAGAAAAUUACCCCAUGGUAAUCUGAAACCAACAAAUAUACUCUUGACCGGUCCAGAUCUUACAGCCAAACUUACGGACUAUGGUCUUCACCGUCUUCUAACACCUAGCAGCAUUGCAGAGCAAAUGUUAAACCUUGGAGCUCUUGGCUAUCGAGCACCUGAACUGGCUACAAACAAACCCUUUCCAUCAUUCAAGGCUGAUGUUUAUUCCUUUGGCGUAAUAUUGAUGGAGUUGCUGACAAGAAAAAGUGCCGGCGACAUAAUUUCAGGCCAGUCUGGUGCGAUCGACCUCGUCGAUUGGGUCCAAAUGUGCGCGAGAGAAGGGCGAGGAACAGAUUGUUUUGACAGAUAUAUUGCAGGCUUGGAGGAAGCACCAAGUGUAAUGGAUCAACUUCUUGCUGUAUCACUAAAAUGUAUUCUUCCUGUAAAUGAGAGGCCUAACAUCCAGACCAUAUUCCAAGACCUUAGUUACAUAACAAUUUGAUAUUCUUGUACAUUUUUUCUUUUUUUUUGAAAUUUAACUUGCUGGAAAGCUGGUUUUUCAAUGACAGUGUAAAAAGACUGAUCCAUUGAUUGAUUAGUCUAAUUUCUGUCUGCAUUAAGUUGAAGAGGAUUAAUAUUACUAACUUUCUGUUGUAUAUGAGUCAAGAUGUCUUGUCAA